AUGAAGACGAUUGUGAGUGCGGUUCAGGGCUGCAGCAAACUCGUUGGAAUGCUGGCAGUUAUUGUGCAGGAUGGAGCAAGGCCGCCGGUUACGGACGACGACUGCGUGGCGCGAAUGGUGUCGUUGGGUAAGGGAGAGGAGUGCAUUCAUGUGCUGGUUCUGGGUCGUCUCAGCGACAGCUUGACACAGGAAUAUCCUAUGGAAGCCGGGUGCCCUUUGGACUUGGACGGACUCCUCGAAUGGUCAAGAAGGAUGUUGGUUUAUCAAGACGAGAACGAGUACGUCAAACGUAUGUUCAGCAAUGUUCUUAAGAAGCGCCUUGAAGGCGAAGACGACUUGACGCUUUAUGACGUGUGGUCCGAGGUUUUCAAAGGGGAUAUUGUCAAGGUGGGUGACGAUGUCAGCGACGACGCGAAGUUGCUGGAAGUGCUGUACGCCAGACUGUUGACGUCGGAGGAGCAGAAGCAGCUCAAAUCGAUGGUGCCGAAAGAGUGGAUGCCUGUCAUCAAGAG